AUCUCGGAACGUAUAUGGUGUGUUUUGCUAUUACAGUCUAUUUGGUUUCAUAAUUUGUUACGUCACUCCUGAACCUCAUCAAAUCUUUAAUUUAUACCAAGUUCAGGUGAUCACAAACAGUUAUCAAAUUAGGAAUUAUAAAUUAUAAGAUUGUUUUAUUUACAACUGUGAAACACGAUAGUGUCUGAAGUAUUGUGUUCCUGUAGGACCAAACAUCAGUUCGAUGGAAUUACCGAAAGAGGCACGUGAUGCUAUAAAAAAGACAUAUCGUGCUAUGGAUGAGAAUGGUGAUGGCCGUGUCUCUGUAGCAGAGGUCAGGAGAGCUUCUAAACGUAUAGGAAUAGAGUUCAGCAUGGAUCAGAUAAAACAGAUGAUGGGGGAGCUGGAUGAUAACGGUGAUGGUUAUAUAAAUUAUCCUGAAUUUGAGAGGAUGAUUACAACCUUUAUUCAAGGAGAUACAGAAGAAGUUAACGCAGCACGAAAAAUAUUCCAAUCUAUGGACGUGGACGGUGACGGCAAAGUGACAGUUCCGGAAAUAGUAUCUUCAUUAAAAGUAUCAAAAGCGGAAGCCAAAGAACUUAUGGAAGAAGCUGACACUGAUAAUGAUGGGAAAAUGUCGUUUGAAGAAUUUUUGAAUGUUUACAGAGGACAUGAUGGAUAGUGGUGUAUGAAUUCGACUAGAUAGUGGUGCAUGUAUUCAAUUUCUAAUCGGCAUGGUCAUAUGUUGGGUGGGUUUGAUAUAUUGUAUGCAUGAGAGCGUAAACGUGUAUGAUUUUGUAUAAAAGCAUUUCUCAACUUCUUACUUCAUUAACUACAUAUAUGGUCCAUGAUUCUCAAUUAGGUGAGUUCAUGAGUCCUGGACUCAAGAAAAUACGUAUGGACUCACCAUUUUUAAAACUGGUGAGUCCAAAGUUGCAUCAAGAUUGUAUAAACUGAACACACGUAUCAUCAUUUUAUAGCAAAGGUUUAAAAGUAUUCUGAAUAUUAUGUU